ACCUCUUUAUGGUGCGCGAUAUAAAACUACAUGGCUCUAUCCGAAUUCCAUAUGAUUCCAUAGUAAGCUCUUGUUCAGUCUUGAUCUGUUUGCUGCACAGAUGUCAGCCUCUGGAGGUACACCAUAUGUUGUGGCCAUUGACUUUGGAACAACCUACUCUGGCUAUGCCUUUUCCAUGCGUGGAAACUUCUUGAAAAACAACGAGAAGAACAUCAAUGAAAUAUAUACUGUUCCUUGGAAUGCUGGGGAACUACUGUCAGAGAAAACCCCCACCACUCUACUGCUCGACGAAGACCAAAACUUUGACAGCUUUGGAUACGAAGCUGAAAACACGUAUAGCAGAUUACCAGAAGAAGAGAAAAGAAAAUAUUUUUACUUUCGUCGAUUUAAAAUGAUGCUGUAUGACAAAGAUGGAAAUCUGAAAAUUACCAGAAAUACCAAACUCAAGGAUAUGACAGACAAAGAGAUGUUGGCCAUAGAAGUUUUUACCCACUCCAUACGGUAUCUGAAAGACCACUUUUUGAAGAAUUUUGAAAAACAGAAUUUGGAGAAGGCCCUUUUGCCCUUGGAUAAAGAAAUAACCUGGGUCUUAACCGUGCCUGCUAUCUGGGAUGAACCUGCAAAACAGUUCAUGGAAGAAGCAGCUGAAAAGGCUGGUAUUUCAAAAUCUUCCCUGAUGAUCUGCUUGGAACCCGAGGCUGCAGCCAUGUAUUGUAAAUGUUUACCUAUAGAAAAAGGCGGAGAUUGUCUCAGUGCGAUGCAGCCUGGCAGAAGGUUCAUUGUCUUGGACGGUGGAGGUGGUACUAUAGAUAUGGCGAUACAGGAAGUAACAGACGAUGGAAAACUCAAAGAAAUUGACCGCGCUCAGGGUGGUGACUGGGGCGGGAUUUAUGUAGACGCCCAGUUCAAAGAAAUGCUGGAGGAGAUUGUUUCUAAACCGAUCUUUGAGGCUUUCCGUAUGAAAUUUACUGGAGAUUACAUAGAUUUAUUCCGAUUUUUUGAAAGUAAAAAGAGAGAAAAAUCUACGGGUAAAAAAGUGCGCAUGCAAGUUCCACAGUCUCUACUGAAUAUAUCGGAUGAAGAUAUUGAAACUUUAACAAGGGAUAAAGGUUUGGGCGAUAACGUAACAUGGAAAAGGGAUAAAAUUUUUAUUGAACGAACGAAAUAUGAAGGAUUCUUUAAUCACGUUAUCAACAAGAUUGUCCUUAAAGUUGAGGAAAUGUUGUUAUCGGAAACCGCGCAAGGAACCGACGUAAUUCUUAUGGUUGGGGGGUUUUCUGAGUGCGACCUUCUACAGAGGAGGAUACGAGAAUCAUUCCCAUCUUGUAAAGUGGUGAUUCCCCCAGACUGUGGUUUGGCGGUUCUGAAAGGGGCCGUUAUAUUUGGUCACGAUCCCAAAAUGAUUGCCGCCAGAGUGGUCAAGUAUACUUACGGAGUUAAAACCAACACAACCUUCAUUGAAGGCACACAUCCUGAAUCAAGGAGAAAGAUCAUGAACGGAAAAGUUUAUUGCAAAGACAAGUUCGAUAUUCACGUAGAAAAGGGAGAUACAAUCCAUUUUGGUCAGAGCACAGACAAAACGUACAACCCAAUUUAUGAAGACCAAACUGCUGUCGACUUCAGAGUCUUCACGUGUACCCAUAGGGAUCCCAAAUAUAUCGAUGACGAGGGGUGUACGGAAAUCGGUUCCUUGACUGUUCCUAUGCUUGACACUAGGGGAGGAACCAGUAGGAAGGUCAGGGCCAAAUUCCACUUUGGGGGAACUAAAGUUACUGUUGAGGGCAUUGAUGAAAGGUCUAAAGAGCCAGUGGAUAUAAAAUUUGACUUUCUGGAGGGCUCGUAAUAACACUAGACUAUUUUGUGGAUUUGAAAUAUGGCAUAUGUUUAUUUUUUAUAAAAAUUAUAUUGCUCAAUAACUAAUACCGGUAGUCAGGUGUAUAUAAUUUGUCCUAUUAUUCAUAUGGAUCGAAAUUUUCUAUGCAAUGCUUAAUCCACUGAAAUUUUUAUAAGACUUAUUCAUGUUAUUGCAUUAGUAUGUGAGUUGUUUUUAUAUUC